CGGGGUCCGAGAUUUGUCGCCAUUUUUUUUUCUGCAAACACACUUCCUAUUUCAGUAGCCCCAGUUGUUUAUUUACAUUCCCAUUUCUAUAACAUGACUUUGUUUAGUUACUAAGUUAGAUCUACUGCUGUUUGAGCCUUAGUGUGAGCCUCUGAGGAAAUGCCGCACAUAAAGCGGCUGAUAGAACCAGUGCUGGUGAGUAGACAACCGGUUAAACCGGGUGUCAGAGAUGACCUGGAAUGUAUCACCAACAGCACACUGGCUAAUAUAAUCAGAGAGCUAAGCUCACUUAGUCGGCAUGCUGAAGACCUUUUUAGAGAACUCUCAAAGGAGACAAGCGAUGUGUUCCAUCGAGGAGUGAACUUACAACGUCGAAUAGAAGAUGUUAGAGAUAAAGUCACUCAACUCAACCCCAAUGUUGAUGUCUUAAACCUUCAAGACAUUCAUCUUCAAAAGCCUUUUAAAAGCUCAAAUAAAAAAGAACAAGGUGUGCUGUCUAAAGUCACUGUGCCUAAAGCCAUAGUUGAGUGGUAUGAAAGGUGUGAUGCACCUCCCGCUCUAGACAAGCUGGAUAGGUUCAGAGAAGAUGGUAAGAGCAGUAUGAAGUUCUAUACAGACCCCAGCUACUUUGCAGAACUCUGGGCCAUUGAGAUGGGGAAACAGAUACAGGAGAAUAAAAAGUUACAUGACCAGAAGAGAAAACGGGGAGAGGCAACAAGAACUAAGAAAACCCAUCAGAUCAAGGAAGCAAAGCCAAAUAGAAAAGAAAAAUACAAACAUUUGGCAGAUGGUGUAGACUUAGUCUCAGACCAUCAGGAUCUAAGAAAUGUGAAGCCUAAAAGUCCCAGUUCUGUGAGACAGGCAGAGAAUGAAAGAAUAGAACAUCAAGAUUUACCAAGGCCAGAGGAACAUGAACAGCAACAACAACAUUGGCCAGAGCAUCAGUUCCAACAACAACAGAACCAGUAUAGACAGAAUCUAGACGAGCCACUGCCUGCGCCUGUCCCUUAUAGUGAUUAUAAUGACGCUAGUGAUGUGUAUUCUGCAAAUCAUGUCAGCAAUAUACAACAUUCUCAGUCACCUGAUGGACUUGCGAAUGGUGUACUGCGAGCAGGAAAAAAUAGACAUCGUUAUGACGAUAGGCCAUUAGCUCCGCCACCUGCGCCCCCGCCAGUACCUCAAACAAACAGGGACAGCCUGCCGCCGCCUCCAUCUCCGCCACCUUCUGAUCCCUACGCAAACAAUUUUCCACCUGUCACUCAGAUGACCAAUAAAAUGGGCAGAGGAGACUCUAUCAGAGACUCACCGAGACACAAGUUUCCUCCAAAUGAAAAUGAUCUACCCCCACCUCCACCCUCACCUCCAUUUAAAUAUCAACCAAACAAUCAAAUUCAGAGUUCUGUGCCCCCUCCUCCACCACCGCCCUUGUCACCAACACCCAAUGAGAAUGUCCACCAGUCCCCACCCCCGCCUCCUCCUCCACCACCCCCACCCCCACCACCAAUGGCAGUAAAUGGGAAUAAUAUAUCUGGUACUCAGGGACCAUCUGGUACUCAGGGACCAUCUGGUCCUGCCAGGCCACCAUUAAGUGCAGAUAGGAGUGCUUUGAUGAAAGAAAUUAUUCAAGCUGAUGCCAAUAAACGUUUGCGUAAAGUAGAAGCGAGAGACCAAAAGAAACAACUGCCUUCAGCUCCAGGCGUUCUGGACGUGCAAGCUAUUAUGGACAAGGCUAUUGAGAUGAGGAGGAAAGUCAUUGAAAUAAGUGAUAGUGGAGGAGAGGAGAGUGAAGACGACUGGGGGGAUUCUGACUGAUAGUUUGGUUCUGCGACAACACUGCAGGAGGUAUAGGGUCUUUUUUAUAGACGGAUAUUUCUUCUCUAGACUAUUGUAUUCACUUUAUGUUCCAACAUUAUAUGUUGACAUAUAUAUCAUGUACUUUAUAUAUAUAUAGUUAUAUAUAUAUCAAGUCAUGGCUCAAGUCAAGCUGUAUGUAUGUGUAUUUUAAUACAUGGCUCAAGUCAAGUUGUAUGUAUGUGUUAUAGUGAAGUUAUGGCUCACAUAUAGAUGUUUAUGUAAUUUUCAAAGUUGGCAUGCAGUUGAGCUACUCGCGCUACUAAAUGAUAGAAGUAACACUUGUAACUGUAAUUAAUGUUGAAAUGUUGAUAUUUCAAUUGUUAAAAACAAAAGUUGACAUGCAGUUGUUUUUUUUUAAUUAGUCAUGUAAAUUUAAAAAACAACAAAUUAAUUGUAGGCAUUAGGGAACAAGUUCUCUCUGUGUUGUUAUUAAGGUCUUCUAGUUUGAAAAAAAUAAUUAUCUCUGUGUAGGCCUUCAGCUCUAUUUGGAAAGGUCUUCUCUAUGUUUGCCUCCAGAUGUUGAUAAGUCUGGUCAACAGCUCUAUUUGGAAAGGUCUUCUCCUUGUUAGCCUCCAGAUGUAGAUAAGUCUGGUCAACAGCUCUAUUUGGAAAGGUCUCCUCCUUGUUAGCCUCCAGAUGUAGAUAAGUCUGGUCAACAGCUCUAUUUGGAAAGGUCCCCUCCUUGUUAGCCUCCAGAUGUAGAUAAGUCUGGUCAACAGCUCUAUUUGGAAAGGUCCCCUCCUUGUUAGCCUCCAGAUGUAGAUAAGUCUGGUCAACAGCUCUAUUUGGAAAGGUCCCCUCCUUGUUAGCCUCCAGAUGUAGAUAAGUCUGGUCAACAGCUCUAUUUGGAAAGGUCCCCUCCUUGUUAGCCUCCAGAUGUAGAUAAGUCUGGUCAAGACUUGCCAUAUAUACCUUUGGUUAGUUGUGCGUGCAUCUGUUGACAAUCUUCUGAAAGUACAUUUUUUUAUAUCUAUCCAGAUGUGUGUACAUCAAAUUAUCAUCAUUCAUAUGUAUAUUUGUGUAUCAAUCCAGUUGUGUGCGUUAGGUGAUCAUCAUCUGUAUGUGCACUUGAAUAUCUGUCCAUCUGUAUGUAUAAAUGAUUAACCAUUUUCUUGUAUGUAUCUGUCUAGUUUCGUAUCUCUUGUGAUGAAACACAUUUUGUGUCUUGGAAUGAUGGCUACAGAUCUGAGAUAUUUGCUAACAAAUAUGUAUUUUAAAUCGUAUAGUAUACAACUGAGUUGUAAGAACUUGAUUACCUGAAUAGCUUACAUCAGCAGCCACCCAUUUGGUCUAAAAAGUGUGGCUCGGUUUUAUGCUGAACAAUGUGUUGAACAUGCUUGUGUUAGAGACACGCCAGUCUGUUAUGCAAAUUAUAGGUGACCAUUAUUUUGCCCUUGCAAGCGUUGACACAAUAGUCAAGGGAUUGAACUGUGUACCCCAGGAAAAGAUUUGACUGUGGACUCCUUGGUUCUACUCACUGCUGAGCUCUUUUGGUGGUUUUUAGCUAGAUAGUUCUUAUAGCCUUUUUUCUAACAAUAAAAGAUCACUUUGGAGUAAUCCUUGCAUUUCUGAUGGCACUUGAGGUUUAUUAGCAGUGCACUGGGAAUUUCUGUCUUGAAUGUGUUUCUAUUUACUUACUAUACAAACAUUUUCAUACUGACCUCUAAACUCUAGUCUUUAAACUUUGACCUACAUUCCUUUUCAGUACUGUCUUUUACUUUUACCCACAGCUUACUAUUGAACAUAACACAGCAAAAUUGUUUGUUUUUUAUUAUUCUGAAGAAGUCUUGGGUAUGGUCUGUAUUAGUACUAAUUAAACAAGUAACUGAACAACUUAAGGAAAGAACUGGGUAUAUCAAGCUGAUAAUAUAAACUGUGAUGAUGUGUGAGCUGCCUGUAUCUUGUACCCAUCCUGUACAUAGCAUCAAAUAUAUUCUUACUUCUGCUGUACAUAGCCUACUGUUUGUAGCUUACAAUUGUAUCUUAAACUACUGAUACUUUUUUUAUAAUGCUGGCUCCAGUGCCAGAUUUAACCCUUCGGAAUCUGCGAGGUCAUGAAAACUCCAGCCUCUUCUUCAUUGUUUUAUCCUUAAAAAUAUGAGUUUAAAAAAAAAUUUCACUCACUCGCAUUUCUGUUUUUUAUUAUUUUUUUUUAAAUUAGAUAUGUAUUCAGACUAAUUCUUCUAUUGAAAUGCCAUUUAGCUCAAAUAUUCUGAUGGACAAUGUUUUUAUGAUAAUAAUCUCAACACUUUAGAUUUGCAAUUAUAUUAUAAAGCUCUUUUUAUAUAAUUUUGUGUUAAAAUGAAUAAAGUAGGAGCCAUGUGCACAUAUUAUCAUGAGAUACACUUUACAUAUUAUCAUGAGACAUCCCAUAAUUUUUUUUUUAGACUUGUGUAUUAUCAUGAGAUAAGAUUUUCUCACGAGAGACACCAAUUCACAUGCAUGUUUAGUUUAUGACACACAUAGUUUUAUCAUUAGAGAAACAUCCUUAGCUUAUUGAGACUCUAUCAUGUUACAUAUUUUAGGGGGGGGGGCUCGCAUUAUCAUGAGAUAUAUUCUAUUGAUACGCACACAUAUUAUCAUGUCAAUUUCAUACAUAUCCUUUAGUACUGCCGGAAGCAUUGAUGUCACAGAAGCAUUGAUGUCACCGAAACAUUGAUGUCACCGAAACAUUGAUGUCAUUAGACAUUCUAUAAGAUGUUGCAUAAUUAUUCAUACACAUAUUUUGAUUAGGAUUUUGUUAUGUAAUAGUGAACUCAAGAGACCAAGUCAAAUGUCAGUUACUGUGUCAUUAGUAAGAAUAAUAGAGCCCUUAUGAAUUUACAACACCCCCCCCCCUUUUUUUUUAUUUUCGCUACUGCAUCUAUUUUGGGCAAAACAACAUAAUGAUUUUAUAAGCUUUCUGGUUGAUGAUACUCUUAAGAGCAGACUAAUCUGGCCACAGCAUUUCCCCAAACCAACUAGAGUUGUGGCUCCUGCAUAGUUAGCUUGUUUCACUUUGGCAACUUGUGAUUGAUGACUGUUGUAAGAGCCUGACAUGCGACACUGUCAAAUGACUUUUUUUCUUGCUGUCAAAGGCAGCACAGUGUAAUGUAGCAGAGAAGAAAUGAAAAGCAACCAAUCUACUAUAGGCCUGAUAAACAUAUUUUGUUCAGUGCUUCCACACUCAAUAUAACAUUAAUACCAACACACAGCAAGAAAGUUCCAAAUUGAUGUGAACAUUCUGAAGUACUCAUGCCAUACCUUAGCCUCUUAAUGAAGUAUGUAAGUUUGACCCUAGCUUUAUGUCAGUUUGACCCUAGCUUACAGAAGAUGGCGCAGGGGCUGAGUGGUAAAGAGCUUUCAAACCGGGAGGGGGUCCCAGGUCCGAAUAAUGGUUAAGACUGGGAUUUUUAAUUUUGGGAUCCUUAGGGCACCUCUGAACCUCUGAGAUUUAUCCAGCUCUGAGUACCAGACAUUUACUUUACUUUUUUUUUUUUUUUUUUAUUAGCUUGCAGAUAGACUCAAUGAGCCAGUGCACAUAGACAAUGAUUAAACUAGCAUAUAUCACAUAUACUUUUUUUUUUGUUUAAUCUCACUAAAUCGCUUUCAUUUUCUUCGGUACAUUUGUUUCCAUAUUUCAGUGUUAUUUUGAUAAAAUUUACAAAUUCUUUUUGGUGGCUGUGUCUCCAUGAAGGAGAUUCUGACAGCGCCCCCACCCUGCACAGUUUGAACUUCCACUCUUUUUUUUAUUACAAUGCACCCUUUUGAUGUAUAGGUUGUGAUCCUCAGAGUACCGCUCUCCAACAUAAGAAGUUUCAAAUAAUAAUUCACUAAUUGAACCUUUUGCUCGGAUUCAUAUAGUACAUAGGUUAUAUCAUUUGCACUUUUUUUUUAUGCGUAUGUUACCUAUGUGAUUUAGUUGGCAGAAGUAUUGAAAUGAAGAAAAUGUAAUCAUAGAAUACUUUUUUUUGUUUUGAUUGAAUUUUAAAAUGCAUUUUUUACCGAGUAACCAAUCAAAUAUUUAGAACUAUAAAGCCAUGACUUUCUUAGUCCCGUGGAAAUAACCAAUCAAAUGUUUCGAACUAUGAAGCCAUGACCUCCAGGUCUAGGGGUUAUAUCUGGCACUGAUGAAAUGUAAUAAAUAAACAAGUUGUUUUUUUUUUGUUUUGUGGUCACAUUCACUCCUCGUAGUCUUGAGUUCCUUGUAGAGACUUCACCUAGCAUGCUAUACUAAUACAACAAUCUCAUUUCAUAGUUGUAAAUCUUUAUUGUGCAUUGACUUUUGACUGGCAGUAGAAACGUCAUGACUUGGAUAUGUAAAGAUAUCUAGCAGCUUGUGCGCGACUAGAACAGAAGGACAGAAAAUAGAAUUUUAAAAGGCACAAAAAAUGCAGCAAUUAUAAAAUAUAAAAUAGAAUUGUACCGGUAUCGUGUUUGUUAGUUUCUGUUGGACCAAAAUUUCGUACCGGUACUAAUAGUAUUUUUCAAUGUCAAAGAGUUCUGCUACCCAUUUUGUAAAAUUCUUAAAUGCUUGCCGAUGUAACAUUGAAUCCUUUUUUUUUUUUUUAUAUAUACAAUCAUAUGCGGAAGUGACCAAUCAAAUGUCAUCCCGGUUUGACAAAGACUCGGCAAUGUUUAAUUUCUAGAAGGAUUUAUUCUAAAUUAAUUAAGGGAGGGGCAAGGGACAAAGAAGCAACACACACACACACGCAUAUAUAUAUAUAUAUAUAUAUAUAUAUAUAUAUAUAUAUAUAUAUAUAUAUAUAUAUAUAUAUAUAUAUAUAUAUAUAUAUAUAUAUAUAUAAACAGCACUGAGUCUGUGUGUUGACAUAGACUGUCACAGCACUGAGUCUGUGUGUUGUCAUAGACUGUCACAGCACCGAGUCUGUGUGUUGUCACGUCUUAGAGCAUUAGUCGCCAAUCCGUGUAAAUACUGCUGCUUUCCUCAUUAACCAGAUCGAAUGGAACACACCAAGUCUUCCAAUAUACCCCCCCCCCCCCCAACCUCUUCAUUUAUACUCAAGAGCAAAAAGACUUUAGUGAGUUGUGCAAUUUUAGCUCCGAAGAAGAAAACUGAAUAGUGUAAAUACUUGGUCCAAAGUUAGCAAAGAGAAGAGAACUCUUAAACACACCGUGUAGUCUGUACGUUCUGUGUCAUUGUCCCAGCUCUUGGCUCGGGAUAUUGUGAUUUGUCUUUGUAUUGACAUAGUGCACCUCCACUGUUAUGCUGCCACCUUCUGAAACUCUUUUCAUUGGAAAAAUAAAAACCUUUAAACUACAA